UUUAAAACACUGAUUCCCUAAAAUACAAUGGGAAGUCGUAAAUGCAGAAUAGAAACCAUGGAGCAAACAAAAGAUGACAACACCACAAGGCUCGCAGAAAAGCAGAAGAGACAGGGAGAACUUAAGAGACGAUUGGUUCAACUAGAAAAGAAAACAAACCCUAAAGAAGUAUUGGCCGUGGAACUUGAGAGAGUGAAAGAUACUAUAGAUCUUAUGAUGCACAUGGGUGAACAGUAUAUGGAUGUUAAGAUGAAGAUGGACACCAUUACUACAGACUUAAAAGUGAAGAUAAAGGCCAUGAAUGAAGACUUGAAUGAAAAGAUGGAAAGGGUGGAUGAUCUAGAAGCCUUAACUCAAGUUCUUUUAGUCAAGCAGAGCAAGAUCAAUGAUGAGCUGCAGGAAGCUCGGAAAGAAUUAAUCAAUGGUUUACAAGAUGUAUCUACAUCAAAUCAUGUAAUUGGAGUCAAGAGACUUGGAGAUCUUGAUGAUAAACCAUUUUUCAAAGCAGUCAAGCACAAACGUUCUGGAAAAAUGGAAGAGGAAAAAUCUUUUGAUCUUAGUAAAAAAGCUAUAGAUCUUUGGUCAUUAUGGGAUAGACGAAUAAGAGAUGCUCAGUGGCAUCCUUUUAAAAUAAUCAAGGUUGGUGGGAAACACCAGGAAGUAAUAGAUGAUAAGGAUGAAAAACUUAAAGGUCUAAAGAAUGAAUUAGGCGAUGAGGCAUAUAAGGCUGUUUCAGAAGCCUUGACGGAGAUGAACGAGUACAAUCCAAGUGGGAGGUACAUCAUAUCUGAGCUAUGGAAUUUUGAAGAAGGAAGGAAAGCAACAGUUAAGGAGGGAAUUGCAUAUUUACUUCAAAAAUUGAAAGUAUAUAAAGGGAAAAUGGACCAAAUGAAGAUGAUGGUAGAUGGAUGGAGUGACUAGUAUUGCUGGAGCUCACAGUUUUUGGUGGUGACAAAUUGCAAUUUGAGCAGAGUUACAGAAUGGUAGAAAAAUUGAGUAGGUAUGAAUGGAUCUGGUGAAUGAAGAUGAUGUAGGGACAAGAGCUCUUUGUGGCUCAUAUUGGGUAGACAUCAUUUUAGUCCUUCAUUUGUGGCUUCUAAAGAAGGUUUUGAAAACUAUUUUGUCACCUUGCUGAAUUACAAGAUUAACUUGACCAGU